ACUUGAGGCUGUUCGUUUACGAUAGUACUGCACGCAAGUCUCGAGUUCUAAUCUCCGGCGGCUGAACGCUGACGUAGACCUGAAUCACAAAGAUGCGGUAUAUGAAGGAACCACAGGAGUAUUACGUCGCAGGUAUCUUUUUUCAGCUGUUUUCAAUCAUAACGUGUACAACAGCAAGGUGACCGAGAAGAGGGUUAUGGAUGGCAGGAGAGGCUGAGUCCAAGAGUGUGAGGAUAAAUCCGCGAGGCGAGUGACAGGCUGACAGCUCGUUUCCCCUCCUUAUCCUCUACGCUACCGACAAACAUUAUCCAAGGCAUCCCGCACAUCCAUCCAACUAGAAUUAUAUCAGCAGAGCUCCAAGUCUCGACUGAAGCAGUCAGUUAUUGAUAAAAUCAACCAUAAUGCCAGCGCCAGUAGCGGUGUGCGUUGUUGCGGCUAUCGCAGGUGUUGCUGCUGUCAUUGCUUUCCACGAGUUCGUCUUUGAACCCCACAUUGCCCCUGCUAUUGAGCGUUGGGCAGAGAACUUCCUCGCCGACCGUCGUGCUCGACGCAGAGGUCCUAUUCCUUUGCAAUCAACCCAAGGGUCUGGGCAUGGAGACCCAGGGCCUAGUGGUGUUGAUCUGAAGAGAAGGACCCCUGCGGGAGAAGAAGAUUCUGUCGAACUACAAGGGUUCAACCUCGAUGAAUGGCGGAACCAGGUCCAUCGCACCACCCCAGGCACGGGUAUGAGGCGGAGAGGCGGAGUAAUUCCUGACACAGACGAAGGGAGUAUAUCUAGCACAAUGGACGAGUCUUUCUCGUCGCUCACGCACACUCUUCUCACACCCACCCAUUUCAUUUCCAAUGUCUCCUCCCCAUUCGCGGAGGCCCUCUCUGUUUCGACCCGCACGCCCAGCUGCUCCCACUCCGGUUCCACUCCCCGUACAAAUCCUGCCUACUCUACCCUCCCAAUCUCUCCGGUUGUGCGCACGCCCAUGCGCUCUCACGUACCAUCGAGCAGGUCUUCUCUGCAGCACUCGAGCUCAAGCUCGCACAUCAGCGUGGGUAUGCAGGGCAGCGGCGCCAAUGCGAGGAUGCACGAGGAUAUGAGCACAAACACUAGCAUCAUGGAGUCACUAUCAGAACGUUAUCCUGCUCCGCCCACUCCCCCUGUCAUGCUCUCGCCACCUUCAUCACACACUACCUUCUCCUCCCCAAGCACAGACAUACUGAGCCUUGGGAGCAAUAGCCGCUCCGGCUCUCCACUUGACUUAACCUCUCCGCCUGUUCGUAUUAGUGAGGUGCACCUCCCCCCGUCUGCAUCCCUCUCCGGUGCUGCGAGCGCACUAUCUCCCUUGAUGAGUGAGCACGAGUUCAUAGUGUUUGGCGAGGCAUUAGAUCCGGAUGGGGUGGCUUCACGAAGCGGAAGUGCGCAUUUGCAUAAUCCGUUUACUGAUUUUGACGAGGAGGGUUCCGACAGUGGUAGUGAAGGGAGUUGGAGACGGGUGAGUGUGGCAUACCGCAGGUGAUGCUUGUUUUGAGGGCGAGUAUAUCGUACUAUCAGAAUGGUGGUGUAGUGUGCGUUGUUCUUUUUUCUCUUUCUUUCUACUAUCUGAUUAUCUAUUUCGUUGUUAUCUCAUACUGGUUGUUCUGCUGCUCUUUUCCUUCGCAUUGUAACUUUUCCCUCAUUGUGCUCGUUGUGAACCCAGUCGUGUAUUAUGCUGCAAC